CUUACAUUUGAAACUAUAUUCGUCUUGCCACAUUAUAUAAGUAUUUAAGGAAAAAGAAGAAAAAGAGAGUCAUGUCUUGGUCUGUGAGGAGUGGAUUUGUGUUGGUGUUCUGUUUCAUUCUUCUGCUUUUGGCAUCCAAUGUUGGAUGUGCUAAUGCUCGUCGUCUAGGAUUUCACAAGCAUCAUCACAAGAUCCAAAAGGUUGCUUCUUCAGUACAAGACGUUGUCAAUGGUGGAGGAAGGAAGAGGGCUUUGGGUGGAGUAGAGACGGGGGGAGAAGUAGUGGUCAUGGAUUAUCCUCAGCCUCAUCGCAAGCCUCCCAUUCACAACGAGAAGGCUUAAAUUACUCCAUCUGUACCUCUCUCUAUACAUCAUAUGAUCACAAGACUGUUACAUGCAUAUGCAUUCACCAUGACAUUCUUGAACUAUAUUCAUUACCAACUUCUUUUAUUCUCGCUUCCUUCGUUCUAUAAAACAAACAAGCUGCACCUCUCCCUUAUAAAUAUACUGUAUUUCAUGUGGAAGUAGCUUUAGUAGUACGUAACGAACAUUCUUCUGUUUCAUUCUUCUGCUUAUAAUAUACUGUAUUUCAUGUGGAA